AUGCCGUCCAAAACCAGAGCCACCUCUUCGACCUCCCUUCGACCUCCUCUCCUCUCCCCAACGGAGGACACGACCAUCGCUUCCGCGUCGAGCCAUUCCGUCGACCAACGCUCGUCCUCAACUGCGGAGGAGUCGUCGCCUUCCUCCUCCUCCUCGUCGUCGUCAGCAUCUUCGUCUUCGUCGGAGGGGGAGUCGGAUUCUUCAAGUGACGAUGAAGACGACGAGAAAGAGGAUGAUGAUCCAUUGGAUUCGCAAACACGACUGCAGAUGAAGGACUUGUUGCUCAAGGCGAGGCAAGCCGCUGCCAGGCAGAGCAACGGCUACGGCAAGGGGAAGGGCAAGGGCAAGGCGGUACAAGACGGCGAUGCACUAGCCAACAAUGACGAGAUCAUUACAUUCGGGGAUGAACAAGACGAUGGUGAAUCCAGUGACGACGACGACGACGACGAGGAUGACAGUGAUCCGGACGAGUGAGUUGUCCUUUCCGUUGCUCUCGGCUCCUAUGCUAUGCGCAUCCCCAAGUCUGACAUUCCGAUCUUUCGACAGACCCAAAGCAUCGACCUCGAAAGCGUCUCUGAUCCCCAAAUCCCUUGUCGCACCGCUUAAAGUGAACCGCGGCCUCGACACGAUUUCGAACAAACCCGUGCGAGCAGACAAUAUCAAACCCGAAACGGGCAUGCGAGAAUCGGCGAUCGUGAACGCGAGUAAAUCGACCUCGGGCAAGGUCAUCAAGGGCGACAAGUGGGGAAUGAUGCCGAUGAAGAGUUUGAGCAAGAAGGAGCUCAAGGCAGUGAGUUCGAGUCGCACCGCGAGAGACUAUCGAUCGAAGCGCAAAAUUUUAACUUUUUCGAAACUGACUAUCCGCUCUCUCGUUUGCAGCGCCACCCACCAACGGCAGGACCUUCGUGGUUCAACAUGCCCGCACCAGCCAUGACCCCUCAACUCAAACGCGAGGUCCAAGCGAUGCGACUACGCAACGCCCUCGACCCCAAACGUUUCUACCGAGGCGACGCCGCCAAAGCCGAUUCCAAGCUGCCCGAAUUUUUCCAAGUCGGCCACGUGCUCAACGAAUCCCAACGCGCGACCAACGCCGAUCCCGUCGGCAGGGUCAAGAAGAGGUCCUUUGUCGAGGAAUUGGUUGAGGACGAGCAGGCCAAGGCGUAUACGAAGCGCAAGACGGUCGAAGUCAUGCGCAAGGGGAUGAGUGGCAGGAAGGGCAAGGCCAGGAGGCGCAAGGCGUGA